UGAAGCUCCAACGGAACUCGCACCAAAUCCGCGGGCAUUUCAGACGUCCUAUACAUUUCUUAGCCUGAACGCGUGUCUUGUCGGUUCGGAAAUUUCAAGUACGCGUGUCGCUGGCGAAGGGUGAUCUUCAACGACAGGUGUGCGGCGAGCGCCGUUCUGUUCUUCUCCACCCUGCCUGGCUCCUUGCCCAACCUCUUCCCUCUGGUCGCAUAUCAGCAGACGGAGAAAGAAGCUCGGUGGAACCCUAAUUCUAAUUCGUAUAUGCGCGGCUAAUGGAUGGUUCAGGAUGCGUGAAGAUAAGAAUAGUGUCGAUGUCUUGGAUAAAAGUUUCUCCAUUGAUGAGGAGAUCUCUCAGCUUACUAAGCUCAGAACCGAACCCUCUGAAAACUUGCGGAAGACAACAUUUCCCAGACAAAAACUACCCAUCCCGAUAGUUAGGAUGCUAUUUGGGAGAGAAGCUAUGGGUAGGUUCACUAUAGCUGAUUGUUCACAUGCUGUUGGUCGGUAUUUACCUGUUAAUGGUCCUUGGAGUAUUGAUAGUAUGGAUUCACGAGCAUAUGUCUCUCAGUUCUCUGAUGAUGGUUCACUUCUUGUUGCUGGAUUUCAGGGAAGUAAUAUUAGAGUAUAUGAUGUGGAGAAUCAAUGGAAGGUGCGUAAAAACAUUCUUGCAAGAAGUUUACACUGGACGAUUACUGACACAUCACUUUCACCCAACAAACGCCUGCUUGCUUAUGCUAGCAUGUCAGCUACCGUUCAUAUUGUUGAUGUGGGGAGUGCUACGACGGAAUCACAUGCUAAUGUUACUGUAAGUUCGCUUUCAUACGGUAUAGACUGCAGUUAAAAUAUUUCCUGACUGUAAUAACGCAGAAGUUUAAAU